GUUCCUUUGAGCCUGGACUGGAUGGGAGGGAGCAGCAGCCUCAGUACCAGGCACUGCUCCUCUCCCUCUGCACGGAUAGACAGAUAGAAAGAGGAGGAGGAGGAGGAGGCUCAUACAUGCUGCCGCCACCAUUCCUGCUACUGCUGCUGCCUUUGUCGAACAGGGAGCCGUUUCGAGGCCACUCAUAUUUGGAUAUUCUCUUUUUUUAAAUCAUCUUUUUUUUUUUUUUUUUUUUUAAUUAUUAUUAUUUUCCGGAACCCGAAGCGGUGGAUAACGGAGUGACCGUACCAAUGUACUCGUUACACGAGGGUCUGCUUCUGCUGCUGGUCUUAGCAGGACUGCAGAUCGUAGCAGAGGCCAGGGGUGCCCCGCCAUGCAAGCCAGGCUUCACUGAAGAUCUAUACACUGUUGUGGUGCCCGAUAUCACAGAGGAAGGAUGGCCUCUCUUCAACUUGAAGUUUAUCAGCUGUUAUCGAGGUGGUCUGGUGCGGUUUGAGUGCAGUAAUCCAUCCGACUUUCGGAUAGAGGCCGACGGAGUAAUUCAUGCUGCAAGGACUUUUCAAGCCUCUUCACUCCCUGCGUCGCCUUUGCUGAUCAAGGCUGUUGACACUACCACUCAGCAGCAAUGGGUGACCCAAGUCAGGCUGACAUCCCCCACACAGGUCCAGGAACAUAUUGUCCCUCCAGUCAAGUCCAAGAAUUUAGAGGAAAUAGUGUUUCCUAUGCAAAACGUGGACAGCCAACUGAAACGCAUGAAAAGAGACUGGAUCAUCCCUCCAAUCAAUGUCCCUGAGAACUCGCGGGGCCCAUUUCCACAAGAGCUAGUCCGGAUCCGGUCUGAUCAUGAUAAAAAACAGAUUCUAAGAUACAGUGUGAUGGGCCCAGGAGCUGACCAGCCUCCAUUUGCAAUCUUCACUAUUGACCCCAUUUCUGGAGAGCUCGCGGUUAACAAGCCCCUCGAUCGAGAGCACAUCCCCAACUUCCAUUUAAGAGCUCAUGCAGUGGACUUGAAUGGCAACCAGGUUGAAAACCCUAUUGAUAUUGUGAUCAAUGUGAUCGACAUGAAUGACAACAGACCUGAGUUCACUCAUCAUAUCUGGAAUGGCACUGUUCUUGAAGGUUCCAAGCCAGGGACAUUUGUCAUGACUGUAACAUCUCUAGACAAAGAUGACCCCAAAACAGCAAAUGGUAUGCUUCGUUACAAGAUUUUGUCUCAGACUCCAAAGAGCCCGACCUUCAAUAUGUUCACCAUCAACCAUGAAACUGGAGACAUCAUUACAAUAGCAGCAGGCUUGGACAGAGAGAAAGUGCCUCAGUACACGUUGAUCAUCCAAGCAACAGACAUGGAGGGCAACACCAUGUAUGGUUUCUCCAACACAGCCACAGCCGUCAUCAUAGUUACAGCCAUUGAUGACAAUCCACCGGAGUUUACUGCUGAGAUGGAACAUGCUGUCCCUCCAGUCAUGUCCAAGAAUUUAGAGGAAAUAGUGUUUCCUAUGCAAAACAUGGACAGCCAACUGAAACACUUGAGAAGAGACUGGGUCAUCCCUCCAAUCAAUGUCCCUGAGAACUCGCGGGGCCCAUUCCCACAAGAGCUAGUCCGGAUCCGGUCCGAUCAUGAUAAAAACCAGAUUCUAAGAUACAGUGUGACGGGCCCAGGAGCUGACCAGCCUCCAUUUGCAAUCUUCACUAUUGACCCCAUUUCUGGAGAGCUCACGGUUAACAAGCCCCUCGAUCGAGAGCACAUCCCCAACUUCCAUGUAAGUCAAAAAGUGCCUCAGUACACGUUGAUCAUCCAAGCAACAGACAUGGAGGGCAACCCCAUGUAUGGUCUCUCCAACACAGCCACAGCCGUCAUCAGAGUUACAGACAUUAAUGACAAUCCGCCAGAGUUUACUGCUGAGUUGUUUUUGGGGGAGGUGCCUGAGAACCGUGUGAAUGUUAUUGUGGCAAACCUGACUGUGACGGACAAGGAUCAGCCCAACACACCCGCCUGGAAUGCUGUCUAUAAAAUCAUUGCGGGCGACCCCACUGGCAGAUUCUCAGUGCCCACUGAUCCAACAACUAAUGAGGGCCUGGUAACAGUCGUCAAGCCUAUUGACUUUGAAAUUAGUCGAACAUAUUUGCUGGCAGUGGAAGCAAGAAAUGAAGUUCCCCUGGCUAGAGGUAUCAGCUCCCCCAGACAGUCCACUGCCACAGUCUCCAUCAGUGUAAUCGACAUGAAUGAGAGCCCCUCCUUUGAGCCCAACCCUAAACUAAUUAGACUGGAGGAAGGGAUGAUACCCGAGUCGACGCUGACCACUUUUACUGCGCAGGAUCCUGAUCGCUACAUGCAGCAAUCCCUCAGAUACUCCAAGCUCUCAGAUCCAGCCAACUGGCUAAGGAUUGACCCUUACACCGGUCGGAUCACAACAAUUGCCAUUUUGGACCGAGAGUCUCCGUAUGUGAAGAACAGUUUGUACAAUGCCACAUUCCUGGCUACUGACAGCGGUGCGACACCUGCAAGCGGUACAGGAACUCUCCAGAUCUUCUUGCUGGAUAUCAACGACAACGCACCCAAAGUUUUUCCUCAGGAAGCAGAGAUAUGUGAAAAGCCGGAGCCAAACGCCAUCAACAUCACGGCAGUGGACGGGGACCUGAGCCCAAACGCGGGGCCUUUUGCCUUUGAGUUGGCUCACAAGCCAAAUGAUGUCAGAAGGAACUGGACCAUAACAAGAAUUGGCGGUGACUAUGCUCAGGUGAGCCUGAAGAUUGGCUUCCUUGAGAGCGGUAUCUAUGAUAUACCCAUCAUAAUCACAGACUCGGGCAACCUACCCAUGUCCAACACCUCCUACCUGCGGAUUAAAGUAUGCCAGUGUGACAUUAAUGGAGACUGCACGGACCAGCAACACAUCAUGGCUGCUGGUUUGGGAACUGGCGCCAUCAUAUCCAUCCUCCUCUGCAUCAUCAUCCUCCUCAUCCUUGUGUUGAUGUUUGUGGUGUGGAUGAAGCGCCGUGAAAAAGAGCGUCAGGCCAAACAGCUUCUUAUCGAUCCGGAGGAUGAUGUGAGAGACAACAUCCUCAAGUAUGACGAGGAGGGCGGUGGAGAGGAGGAUCAGGAUUAUGACCUGAGUCAGCUGCAGCAGCCAGACACACUAGAGCCUGAUGCCAUCAAGCCGGUGGGAAUCCGCCGUCUAGACGAGAGACCUCUCCACCCUGAGCCCCAGUAUCCGUUGAGGUCAGCAGCACCCCAUCCUGGAGACAUUGGAGAUUUCAUCAACGAGGGACUGAAGGCAGCAGACAACGACCCCACUGCUCCUCCCUACGACUCCCUGCUAGUGUUCGAUUACGAAGGCAGCGGCUCCACAGCCGGCUCUCUAAGCUCACUCAACUCCUCCAGCAGCGGGGGCGACCAGGACUACGAUUAUCUCAACGACUGGGGCCCUCGUUUUAGAAAACUGGCAGACAUGUACGGUGGAGGCGAUGACUAGGACACUGGCACACAUCGAAGGAUAAAGAUUAAAACAAAUGAAGAAAAGGAAAGAUUUCCUCUUGAAGGACAGCUUCUGAUAUUCCCUGAGUGGUAGAACGGUGACUGAAAAGAUAAAAAACAAAAACAUUAAUUCAAACUUUCUUUCAAAAACAACCAAUCUAGGCUUAUUGUUGUAGUCUCUGCAUACAUAUGCUUGUUGAAAGCUUAGGCAUAGGCUGUGGAGGAGCUGUGGAGGAUGGGGAACGCUGGUGGACUGUCACCACUCAGAUUGUCGUACUGAAUGCGCUCGGUUAAACUUGAAUUUCACAGUACAGAAGCACUGGGAUAUAAUGUGCCUUUUUGUACAUUUUUUUGGAUCUAAAUUAGUUUUAUGUUCAAGGCUUUAAUGGUACUGACUUUUGGAGUGAUUUCAAAUGAAUAUGUUACACUCUGGUAUGCUUCUACAUGCUUUUUUCUUCUUCUUCUUUUUUUGUGGUUACACAACGCUCCCGUUUGAAGAUUAUUUAAAUAAAUCACAAGGAUGAAGGAACAUCUGUUAGCUUGAAUGAGAAGAAAAAGGAUUAAAAGCAGCACUGUACAGUAUGCUAAACUUUUAAACUUUCUCACUAAAAAUUUAAAUUGUGCAGCUGGUUGCAAAUAAAGGGAGGUAUAAAUCACACUUUUGUAGCAAUUUAUUUUUCUUUGAGGUGAUGUAGUAUGUUACAAAAACAACAAGCCGUUUUGGUCUAAUCUAUGUACACUUCUUUUGCCUUAGUCAUACUCUGAUACGUUCGAGUUUUACUUCACUGUAAAAAGAUGUGUGUACAUAUUAUUUCUUUUUUUUUUUUUUUUCUUUUGAUGUAGUAUUAUGAAGAAGUUCAAAGUUCCAAACUUGUAAAUGUAUAAUUUGGACAACCAAUUCAAGUUUUUUGCAUGUUUUUAUCUUUUCAUGACAACAAAAAUUAAAUAAAAAAAAAAGUUUACUGAUUUUCUUUACAACGUGGGGAAAAAAAUAAAACCCUGGGUGGUAAUAAAUGUGUAGAAGUUACGAGUGUUUUGUAUAAAAAAAUAAAUAAAUGGAAAAAAAAACUGAGUAAAAUAGAGAAGUAGUGAUCUUGUCAGCACAACUGUUGAUUUUGUACCAAACAGAAUGGGACGUGGGACGGGAUGUCGUGCUGUCAGCACUAAUGAAUGAAUCAGCUUUAAGACUGGAGAAGGUGUUGAACUGAAGCCUUGUGGAUAACCAUGUGUACUGCAACACCAAUUAUACAUCUCUGACCCCAACCAUCCAAAUAAAACACUGAUUUUGGAGCUAAUGAAAAAAA